AGAUGGAGAUUAUUAGGAGGCCAUGAUUGGUAAUUGGGCCAGGACACUGGGGUAACACCCCUAAUCACCUCAUAGCUUUGGUUAUACGACUCAAGGUUAUGGUAGAAGCUGUAGCGGUGACUAAAAUUGAUACAUUUCUAACCCUUAAAAUCAUCAAGGGUGAAGAAAUGCGAUUUAUGUAUUUAUUUCUGUGCCACCUGGGAGGCUGUCAAGAUUGUGUCGUAUUAUUCCAUUUCCACAGCACCUUCCCCUGUGUGCACUCAGCAGUUCCCCUGUGGUCCUGAAAGAACAGUUCCUGUCUGCGCGGAGCUGAAAUAGCAUUAGGGUAUUGUGUCUGGUUAAAAUAGUACAUAUGAAAGACUAUCCAACAAGGCGUUUAGUAACUGCCUGGAAAACCAGAGUAAUAAUUUCUCCCUCUUAAGACUGCUGUGGCCUUUUCUCGAACAUUUAUCCUGCAAAUCUAUUUUUGCUUCAGCGUUUGGACACUGUAAACAUUUCUCCUCCCCUAAGGCACAGUUUUUCUUUUUUGCCUUGCUCCGUGCAGGAUUGUCCUGACUCCUGUCUUCAUUUAUUCAUCCCCACAGCACAGAAACCGAGGCGCUAUGCCGGUGUAUUUCCUGCAGCCCGUCACUGGGGCAGCGAAAGUAAUUCAGUUGUGGUAAUUGAGCAGCAGGGCUGCGGUCUGCUCGAGGAAACGGGGCGGGGGGGGGGGGGGGGUCUCCAGAGACAGCGCCACCCCGCUUCUAACAUGCUUCGCCUUCAAUUAGAGGGCAGAGCAAUAUCCUGUAGUCCCAUGGUGGGUUGUGACUUGGCAGAUUCAAUGGGGGGUAAUGAGUGCAGAGAACAUGUGUGUUCUGGAUUUUUUUACUAUGAACGUGGGGAGAAAAUCUGAGCCCCCACCUCGGCAGCUACCGUAACGGUAACUCUUGGUGAACAAAGGUCCCCCCCCACAAUGUAAAUGUCCCGCGUUAUUAACCCAACGCCAUUUUCUUUCCUUUAAUAAUGACCUAUUGUCCUGAACAUUCACUUCCAUGGCGCAUACAACGCGGUCCCUCUUUAAAGCACAGUUUUGGACUUGUGCUGGAAUUCCAUGGAUUUAGGGCACAUGGGUUCUCGGCUGCGAGCUUGCAAAUGCAGCUUCUCCUGUGAUGUCUUUCUGCUUCCAGACCAGAUAAGAUCACAUAUUGCUGUUUGGGGGGGGGGGGGAGAAAUCAAAGCAUUUCAAAGUACAUUAUUGUACGUUUUGCCAAUGACCUUGCUGUUCUUAUUGACCAAUUAUAGAAUGUAAAGUAAUAUUACUUGUAUUAUUAAAAGCUUCAUAUAGGUAUACAGUUCAUGAAUAACCUAUUAGGCGAUCGCUGUCAUGCGCAUCUGCAUCCACCCAGUGGUACGGAUGGCCAGACGUUGCACAUCCAGCAGGAAUAAACUUAAAGGACAGAUUCAAGGUUUGCUUUUUAGCAAACAAGACAAGGGAGCACUCUUUACUGCUUCCUAGUUACCAUCUGCGACUAUAAGCUUUUCUGGUCAUAUUAAUUAUUCCAGUUGCUGUGAUCCCUGUACUUUAAAUUGAGACUGUGUUUUCUGUGCAUGACCUGUGAUCAGCUUCACCAAAACCAGGCUGAGUCAUUUCAGGUUUUUGCGCAUCUGCCACCCAAUACGUACACAUUGCAAUGUCCACUGAACUGUCCACCGUAAACACUGCAAAAGGAAAAUGCGCCUCCCUUCUCACCAGUAGUAUCACCCUCUUAGAACACGUGAAUGCAGUUUGCUCUGUAGUGCCAUGUGGAUGGAGAAGGCAAUUUUCACUAUACUUUAAACACGAUGAAUUAAAAUGCGGCCCCAGAGCAUCCUUCCAGAUGGGCAGGUGUUGGGGAGGGGGGCGGGGGGAUCGUGAUGUGUGUGUUUGUGGUGGGGGAGGGGCGUGCUGCUUUAUGGGUGUGGAUGCCACAUGUCAAAGUGAGACAUCUGAAUCCCCAAGGAGCACACAAAGUCAUAAGUAUUCAUCAGUAUAUGUCAAGAAGAUGGCGAGGAGAGAUGGCAAAAUGGGUUUAUAAUAGCCUGUUCUUUAUGCAUGCAGAGAUUAAGCCAAGGGUCAGGUCACUGGUGUGUUAUUGUAGUGAGAGACAGCUUGUACGUUUUUGCAGAACCGCCGAAAAGGUGUCCGGGCUAAUAGGAGACUUCUGGGGGAGUCGCACCAAGGUUGGGAACAUGAUUUCCCCUGUGAAUGGUUCGAGGAAAAAGAGCAAACACCUCCUGAGGAAGGUUAUCAUGGUUUUUUUUUGUGGUAUUUUCAAAGCCUGAGCUGCUAUUGGGGUCCAUCCUGCACCUGAUUUUAAUUUAAAAUGAGAUCCUUUCGUUUCUCUCCUUUUACCCCUUUGAUCUAAUAUUCAAGGUUUUGGCUUGAAGGCGCCGUCAUUACAAAAACGCACGGUUGCCUGAUGUUCUGUUUUAAGUUUGCAGUUUCCCAGUCAAAAUCAUCAUGUAGGUUAAUAGAACUCUGAUCUCCCGGCGAUCCUGUGGUGUCAAAGUGAAACCCAAUUACUCAGACCGUCAUUAAAUUUCUGUAACAAAAUAAGUUCAUUGAUGGUAUAGAUACAUUUAGCAAAGUUUGAAUUAAGCAAAAUGGUGGACUUUGUGAAAGCACUGUAAGUCGAUGCGUUGUCGCAAACCGCUGGUCUUGCCACGGGCGAGAGUGAGAGUUCGUGAAGCCGCCCUUUCUGCUCACCAGCCACUGUGAUGACUGAUGUAAUGUGAUGUACAGGUUUUACAGCACACUUUUCGCUGCAGUUCCGACUCCAUCUGCUUGCUGAGUUAACAAGUAGUCUUUGUCUGCAAAAGUGUCUCAAAAUUUAGAGCAGUAUUUCUAUUGGAUUAAAAUUGUAUUCAUAAGCCUGCUUGUUUACAGUGUCACAGGGCCCCUUCACGUCACCAGAGGUUUUGUUGCCUCAUUCUGAAUUGCAGAACCUGCCUCUGCACAGACCUGGAAAUUUUGUCUGUUUUGUGAUGUAAAUCUGAGGUUUUGCAUGUCAGUGUGUGACCAGACAUUUUGCUUUUAUUGUGGUUUGAAAUGCACUCAUGAACUGAAAGAAUGCUGAUUCUGAAAUAUAACCCUGAGAUGUAAAUAUAGCGUUGCCAUUCCCCUUUGAGUCCAGGUGAGUGGGCCUCUACUUGAGGGGUCUCUUUCUGGUCUUCUCAGAAGAGGUGCAUGGCUUAAUGACCUGCAGUGGAAGUUCUGGCACUGUGACAACAGAGAUCCAGGUGUUUUAGCUACACAGCCAGUGUGUCACCUUGGGGUUCAGACCACAGUUAUUGCAUUCCUUUUUACUGCGUCUGAUGUGACAUUAAGGAAUCUGAGUACCCUGUAUGGAGUUCAUUACAGUGGCUUUCCUCUGAGAUCAAUAAACAUGCUGGGCUGGGAAGGUGUGCCACAGGAGACCACUCAACAGGAAUUUGCUUUUGACUGUUUCUUCGUAACCGCCUGUAUUUGGACUCUCUUCUUGUUAAACACAAUUGCCACAGUCUGCUCUGAAGUUGGCCGACUUCUGUCAGACUGAGUUCUCUUAACCCCGAACGUACUCUUGUCAAAUCGGUGUUGAGUCCUAAAAGAGGUGCUAGUUAGCCCGAGCUGUGCACUGACCCAGAAGAAAUGCACUGUGUCAGAUGUCAGAGGAGGGAAUCGUUAUUUCAGACAAGCCCGUUGCUGAGUGUAGCUGCUUAUAAGACUUGUAACAUAGUUGCCCUUACCAUACAGUCCCCUCACUUUGUAAUGCUUUUGCAUGUGAACGAGAAACAAUUUGCUUUACAGUAGUGACUGUAAAUAAUGCUGUAUAUUUGAAUACCAAGUAUGGUUUGGCUUUUUCCUGGUAUCAUCAGAUUUUUGCUUCGUUUCACUGAUUUCUUUUUACCUUUAAGGCAAACAAGCACAUGGUGCUUCCUAUGUCCCAAGACAUAAAGAGAAUUAAGUAACUACCAAUAGAUUAACAAAAAUCUUUUUUUAUGCUAAGUAAGCACUACAGUACAGUUAUUUUCUCAUGUCUAUAAUGAUGGUGUAAAGCACCAGAACAGGAAAAGAUGUUUCCAUAUAGCACUUUUCUUGGUGCAUAAUCUCAAGGUGCUUUACAAGAAAGGCAUCCACAAAAGAGACAGAAAGAACCAAAAUAAUGGAGGAACUGAAUAAUAAACAGCGAAAGAGCACUAGUAUCCUGUACCAGCCAGAAUUCACUCUUUCCACAGUGACGUGUACCCUCCUAAAGUCUUCAGCUGCAGUCCCUCCUUAAUUGUUCAGAACUGAAUUAGAAAAACCUGCAGCUCGGAUUUUAGGGUCUAAUUUUUCUGCACGAGGUCAGUUGUCCAGGUUGUGAAGUAGAGGGUGGAGGUAUCAUCACACUGGUUUCUCAGCCCUGGCAAUGAAUCUCCCGACUCCAUCAGUAUUAAUGGCACCCCUGGGAACAGCAUGUUCAUAUUGUUUCAUAGAGACUGGAGGUUGUGUGAAACAGAGAGAGUGGGGGUGGGGAGUGCAAUGGAGGGGUUGAGUUGUUUUUUUCAGUAGGAUAAGUGCCCAUAAAAUAAGGGCGCUACGCUAUUUCAAACACCAUCUUUGGAUGGCUAUUUACUUGUUUCUAGACAUGCACAUCCUAUGGACUGAUGCCGUUUAAUAAGUCGGUUAUUGAUCCAUGAAUCACCGUGAAUGGCAUGUGUACUGUGUAUUAGUAGGUGAUUAUUUGCAAAAGACUUUCGGCUUAAGCAACAAAGCAAAGCCAGAGUGAUUGUUUGCUUAUAAAAUGGAUUGGGAGAGGGAGGUUAAGGUGCCAUUCAUUUCUCGGGGUGUGUGCACAGAGGUCAUGAUUCUCAUCCAUCACAGUAAUUUGCACUUUUCCAUCAAGGCCCCCCUGGUUUACAUCAGAAGAGGGCUUGGAAAUAAAUACAGGACCAUCAGUGGUAGCCGACCCCUUGAAUCUCGAGUAUGUGGCAUGUUUGUGUGCAAGAGACAGAGAGAAAUCAGGAGGGGGGAGAGAGGGAACACGGAUAGCAGCCUCAGUCAAUGACUCGUCAGCCUGAAAAUCAGCUGCUUCCGUGUCUACGGUGCCCAAGCCCGCAUCCGCCUCAGCCUCCCCUCAGCUCUCUUGCUCAGUCCCUCCCCCCACUCUGAAAAUACCGGGAGCAGGCUGUUUCAGUGCUGGGAGAGCAGCACAGGGCUCAAAUUAAAGAGACUCCAGGCUGUGCCUUCCACUCUCUCGCUCUUCCUCUCUCUCUCCUGUCCUUGGGUGAGCUCCCUGGCAAGAGCGCAUCUGAUUUCAGCGGAGCAGUGCGACUGGCUUGCCCUGUGGAUAAACAGAUGUACCGUCUCUAGGAUACAGAGAAAGAAGGGCGCACUACGGCACCCCAGGAUGCUGUUUGGUCGCUGUCGUGGCACGACUGUGUUUUAGUGCCAGCUGCACCAUGUCUUCUGCACAGGGAGGGGAGUCGGAGAAUGUCUUUGAUUUUAACGAGGCCAUUCCAGAGACGGAGCUCCUGGACAGCAGUCUGCAGAAGGCCCGCGCCCAGCUGUCCGUCAAGUCCAGGAGGCACCGGCCCUCCCGCUCGCGCCUGCGGGACAGCGUCAGCUCCACCGAGGGCGACGAGAGUCUGGAGAGGAAGUCGUCGGACAGCCACGGCAGCCCGCUCCACAGCAUGCGCUCGCCCCUGCACUCCGCGCUGCGCUCCUCGCCCUCUCCGGACUCCCUGCUGGCCUCCUCGCCCGUCCACCGGGGCCCGGCCUUCUCCUUCGACACCUCCGUGGUGCGCCGCAGCCUAGAGGAGGGCGAGGCGGCGCCCCCUGCCUCCCGCACCCGCUACCAGCAGCUGACCAACGCUUCGUCCCAGGAGGCCCUGGGCUCCACGCCCACCAGCUCGCCCUCCAAGUCCUGCCCCAGCUCCGACGGCUCGCCCGUGUACAUGCGCAGGGAGCGCCGCACGGAGAGCGAAGAUGACAGCCGGGACACCAGCCCUGCAGAACCCAGGAGCCCCACGGUCAUCCUGGAUAAGAAGACCAAGAGAAGAUUCCUGGAUCUGGGGGUCACACUGCGCCGCUCCUAUGGGAAGGUCAGGAAGGAGAAGUCCAAUAGGUUAUCAGUGGGAAGCAGGGAGCCGUCGGAGAGCCCCUCCCGGUCCUCAGGGUCCCCGUUCGUGCCUUUCUCCUGGUUUACCGACAGCACCAAGGGGUCGGCCUCCUCCAGCAGUACCCCCUCCUGCUCCCCCAAGACCGCGUCCCAGAGCUGCAGCCCCCGCAAGUCCAACUCUCAGGAGUCCACCUUAAGUGAUGACUUCUGUCCCCGGAGUCCUCGCGUGUCCAGUGGGUCAAUGGCUGAUUCCAAAUCCUCGCACCCGUACCAGACACUCUCCCAGUCAUCUGACGAGCUCCUGGACGAGCCUCUGUGCCUGGUGUCGACCUGGAGCACCCAGCAGGUGUGCCAGUGGCUGACGGGCCUGAACAUGGAGCAGUACAUCCCCGAGUUCACUGCCAGGGACAUCGAUGGGGAGCAGCUGCUCCAGCUGGAUGGGAGCAAGCUAAAGGGCCUGGGGGUCACCAGCUCCUCGGACCGCAGCGCGCUGAAGCGCCGCCUGAAGGACAUGCACGCGGCCGCUGAGAAAGAGCGCAAGGCCCUGGACAAACUGGAGAGGCAGAAGGAGAAACAGCGCAAGAAGGACCAGGAGCAGCGCAAGAGCUAGGACCACAGGGGGGCGCCCUUUCCCCCGGACUUGAUGGAGAGAGCAGGAGACGGGACAACAGAAUGAGCAAAAGCGUUCCUUCUGCACAUUUAAAACAUCAUAAAAAGUACAAUGAAGGCCAGAUACCUGCAGUUCAUUGGUUAUGAUUAGGGGAAAAAGUUUAAAUUUCUCUUGUUUUUACACUCUGCAUAAAAAGAACUUUUAAACCUUUGUGUUGUUGGUAUAAUUUUGAUCUUGUUCAGCAAGAGUGGAAUAAAACCUCUACAUAUGGGGUGAGACAGCUGUGUGUUCCAGGCCUCCCCCUUGCACCAGAGUCCAGUGCGAUUGCCUGGAGGACAGUGUGGAGCCAUCAGGAGGGGAGCUGCCACACUUUCAGAAGCACAUGCACAUGCUCCUGGGAUUGCCAGCUCAUCAGACAGCUCCUGUUUGAGCUGCAGGGGGGGGGUUUGCUGAAACUGACAAGGAUCUGGCUUAUUAACCUUGGUGAUUUCCUGUGAACUCCUGCCAAAGGAGAGCUGGUAUUUUCUCCUCUCCACGUGAUACAGUAUCCCUCGCCCACCCAAAAGUUUGCAGGAUCCUCUAAAAUUCCCCAAAAGUAUCCAUUAUCCAAACACAAGACGAAGCAGAAUGCACAGUAACACUUAAAAAAAAAAGCUUUGACAAUAAUGUUUCCGUUUCCUCAUCUUGGACAUCCAGUUGCCAACGACCAAUAGAACAGUCUGCUUUUGCUGCAGAUGAGACUUCCAUUGUAAUGACACUGUGGGUAAUCAUUUGCUGUGCAAUACAGAUAGUUUGCUCCAGAAAUGAAAGGAGGCAAACCUUAUAUUUGAAAAGUUCUACAAUGCAUAGUUUACUGUAUGUUUAAUUAACUUAGCUGUUUUUUUUCUUAUGAAUUGAGCUGCGCCCUUCAGGAAUAUAUUCAUCUAUGUAUUUCAGCUGUUUUGUGUCCAUUUUAUUUUUAAAUCUGGACCACACCUGUGUAAUGUAAUGUCUUACAAUCCUGAUUUAACUUGAAUAAAAGACAACAUUACAAGAAAUGGGUCUGUAUAGCCACUGGUCAAAACCUACACCCUCAGGAAGGAUGUUGACAGCUUACAGCAGUCAUGAAGUCUAAAGGCAACAGAGCCAGUUGAGCUAGGCUGAAGAUCAUUUUACCUUGCAGUAUUUAUUACAUGGCCCGAUCUGGCCUCUCAUUCAUACCUCCCCAGGCUAUGAAUUACGAGUGGAACAAACUCUUUUCAGGCGUUUGUGUGUUUUUGCUUUCAUUGUAUGCAAAUCAGAUGUAUAAGACAUGUUUAUCUCCUCAAAAUAUCAAUGCCAAUUAAAAGACAUUUAUCAAGAA